AUGGUUGCGCAGCCGGGGGGUGGCGUGGCAAUGGCCACAUGGCCGCAGCGCGCUUUGGUGGCCCUCCUCCUCCCCCAGAUCGUGGCAGGCCGAGGGUCGGGUCAUGGUCCCGGCCAACCCCCCCCCUUCCACGCCUCUGGGAGCGCGCGCCAUUUUGGUCUCCUUGUCGAGCGAAGUAGCAGCCCCAGCGCCCCGGGUCUAGCCUCUCACGGUCGCGAGAAUCAUGCAGGCCAAGAGCCGAGUACCCCGGCUCCCAAGCGUCUGUGUGUUGUCCCAAGGAGCAAGGAGGAGGCUCUGACGGAACGCAACGAUCGCGAAACCAGGUGA